AUGGAAGGCCGGCCUAUAACGGCAGACUCGAAACAUAAUUAUCCAUCUCAACCUCUUUGGACUAGGUCGACCUCGAGUCCAUCGAUCCCUAAGCUUAGUACACUGGCCCACGGAAAUACCGACCAAGUUCUUGCUUCCCAGUACCUUACAACCCAGGUUGACUGGAUUCCAAUAUUUUUCCCGCAACAGUCCUCACUUUACCAGGCUCAACUUCUUCAAUACAACAAACUCAUUGCGCCGGGACGAGGCGGUGGUCUUCAGACUGCUCCCUUGCCUCCAUUAUUAUCGACUCAUAGCGUCCACGUCGGACCCAGGUCUCGUUCCUCAUCCAAAGUGUCGAACAAGGAUUCUCGCGCUAGGCAGAGCUCCCAGAAUUGCCAUGCUACUAGAGGCAAUCACGGUACUAGCAACAAAGCCGAUCGCGCGCUUAUAACAGGCAGAGACACGCCGCCUAAGAUGCCGCCCAAAAAUUCAGAUCUCUCACAUCCUCUUGCUGCGAGGCCCAAGCCGUCUACCUCCCCUUCGAAUUUACCUCCGCUUUCGAAUUCCGUUCCCUCGACCCCUCAGCAACAUGCGCGCAAAUUUUCCUUCGAGUCUAGAGAUCACUCACCAAAUGCUAACCAGUCGCACUCCCCUCGAUCCGCUUAUUCCGAGACUAAUGGAGCCCUUCCGUCCUUGCGCCCUCUCCCGCCGCGGCAGGGUGGCUGCAAGUACGAAUCUGGCCUGAAAUUCUUCCGCCGAAGAAUACCUUACAGUAUUGGAAGUGAUACGCUGGAGAGGGUAGACCUGCAGACUGUCAAGAGCAAGCUGUCCGAAGACGAUGAGCGGAAGCUCACCACAGAUAUGCGCGAGCUCUACGACCGGUUACGACCUACCGAGAAAGUUGAGGUGAAACGAGGCAUGCUGGUAACGAAGCUGGAAAAUCUUCUGAAUGAUGCUUGGCCAGGUCAUGACAUUCGUGUACAUCUUUUCGGCUCUUCAGGAAAUCUGCUAUGCUCAGAUGACUCUGACGUGGACAUUUGCAUAGUAACUCCAUGGAGGGAACUUGAAGAGGUCUGCAUGCUCGCAGAUUUGCUGGCUAAACGCGGAAUGCAGAAAGUCGUCUGUGUGUCUUCUGCCAAGGUCCCAAUUGUGAAGAUUUGGGAUCCCGAGCUAGAAUUGGCCUGUGACAUGAACGUCAACAACACGCUGGCUUUGGAGAAUACGCGUAUGAUCAAGACCUACGUCCAGAUCGACGAUCGGGUAAGGCCUUUGGCAAUGAUAAUCAAGUACUGGACAAGGCGGAGGAUUGUGAAUGAUGCUGCUUAUGGCGGGACUCUAAGUUCAUAUACAUGGAUAUGCAUGAUCAUUGCAUUUUUGCAGCUGCGACAACCUCCCGUUUUACCUACAUUACAUCAACGGCCUCAGCAAAAGCUUCCUCGGAAGGACGAUAACAUAGCAACGUUUGCCGAUGAUAUCGAUAAGCUAAAAGGAUUUGGAAGCAAGAAUAAGUCUACAUUAGGAGAGUUAUUGUUCGAGUUCUUCCGAUUCUACGCCCACGAGUUUGAUUACAGCACAGAUGUGCUAUCCGUGAGGCUGGGCAAGGUGAUAAGCAAGAAGGAGAAGAACUGGCACUUUGCCCAGAAUAACCAACUCUGCGUUGAGGAGCCAUUCAACAUCGGCCGUAAUCUUGGAAACACAGCCGACGAUACUGCAUUUCGAGGUCUACAUCUCGAACUUCGUCGCGCCUUUGACCUUAUCGCCGACGGCAAACUUGACGAAUGCUGUGAGCAGUACGUGUACCCGAAGGAAGAGGAGAAAAUCUUCCAAAAACCACCUUCAGUUUCACGGCCUGUGAUGUUGCGAAGCGCCUCUCAGCAACAAUCCAACCGUGGAGGUCGUGGGGGAGGGUUUCGUGGAAAUCGACAGCAAGGCCAGCAUCGGAAUAACAACAAUAACAAUAGUCGGAGGGCAUCCUCAAGUGUCCCUUAUGAUACCAACGGAAGUCCGAUGUUCAUUCCGGCCGGAUAUCAGGUAGCCAUGACGCCUCAGGAGGCCGUGAUGUACAUGCAACCUACAUCGGAUUUGAUGGCGCAAACGAUAUCUGCUUUAACGUUGCAGGAGAACAACCUUAGGUUCCUCCAGUAUGCGCAGUCGCACGCAUUUCAUAUGGGCCAAAUGCAGGGCAAUGCGUCCCAGACACAACCUUCAUCAACGGAACGGUCUAGAACCAAUUCUUUUGAUACUCCACCCCUAAGUGCUCCUUUGCGCCCGGAGAUGUAUUACUAUCCAAUGCAAUUCCCUCAAGCGUUUUACGCACAACAGGCCUACCCGACAUACCCGCCUUCACCGUCGGCUAGUCAUGGUACUGAAUUUAGGCGAAGUUCACAUAGAUCAACGGUUGCUAGCGAGGCUAGCCACGGGGUAGCUGGGAGCGCGAUGAGGUCACAAUCACAACCCGCAUCGCGGACAGGAAUUCCGACUGCUCAGAACUUGGCCGGUCCUAGUCAAUUGUCUAACGGAGCUACCAACGUUCCUGCUAGGCAUAUUAACGGAAUUCCAAUGCCGAGUUUUAUCCCGGAUGAGAGCCAUGACAAUGAGCAUGAUGGAUCGGUAGCAGCCACUCCACCUGAGGAUGAGAGAGGCCAAAGCCAUCACCUAGGCCCGUCCAGCUCGCCACAACGAACAAGCGCCGCGACUAAUAGUAUACCUGCGUUUGGAGAUAUUGGGACACAAGCCCCCAAUCCUAAUCAGAGUCGAGGACGCUUGUCCUCGGAUCAGCUUCCCCAGUCGAUCCUGGACAGGAUUAAGCAGAACUCUCGUUCCCCUUCGCCACUUGGUCAUAACAGAGCUUACUCCGUUGGUCGAAACUCGGCUCCUCUUGCUUCUGUCCCAUUUGCAGCGGCGGCAGGGUCGCAAUCCCGCGACACGACCCCCUUAGUUGUCAACGGCUCUAUGUCCAAGCUGUCGAACGGUAGCUCACCUCGACAGCCUUCGCAGAGUGAAUUCACCCCGGCUCAGUACGCUGGCUAUGAUAAUCCCCUUCAUAUCAAUCAGCGGCUUGACGUCAAUAACUUUGCCGCCGAAACACCUUUCAACUACCCUGCCGUCCCUCCCGCACCUCGAAAAGGAACUUCUCCGCCAUCAGACCGACCAGUUGUUGUCAAUGGCUCGUCAAAUGCCACUACGUCGACGACUAGUCCGCUGCCCGGAUCCCAAUUUCCUCAUGACAUGACUAUGAACCCGGCAGGCAAUCAUUUCCAUGCUAUGAACAUGUCCCCGCUGCCGGCUGGGUCUGAUAGCAACGCAGUUGCCCCGAAUGCCCUACCGCGUUUUCCCAUUCGGUCGACGCCAAGCCCACUCAUUGCCCAAUUAGACCUUGCGACGGAGCAUCGUUUGCAAUCAUCCGAACACUCGCACCUUUCCCCGGUGUACGAAACCAACAGUCCAUCUCCAAGUUUUAGUAGGAGAUUAGAACCACCUUUCGACCAGGUACCAGUGUUUCCAAACGCUGCAGCACACAACCCACCGGAUUUUAAACCCGAGUCAGCUAAGGGCAAACAGAAGUCACCAAUCGAGCCCCCGCCAUCCAGGUUGGAGGGCGUCCCGCUUCCGAACCCCAGAGUUAAUGGCUUGGCAAGAGAAAACGGGCACGUUCGAGGUGCGAAAAGCGAGAGUGACAACACCGGUAACGGAUGGCAGAAGAUGACGAGGGGCAGGAAGAAGGGCAACGACGCGAAGCCACGAAGCGAGGUCUACCCGCAGAGCGAGCAGUUGCCUAAGAAUGACUCGGACAGAAAAGGAGGCUGA